CCGCCAUGACGCGGAGCUGUUCCGCGCUGGGCUGCACCGCACGCGACAGCGCGCGGAGCCGCGAGCGCGGCGUCUCCUUCCACCAGUUCCCGGUGGACGCCGCGCAGCGCCGCGCGUGGAUCCGCGCCGUGAACCGCGUGGACCCGCAGAGCCGGCGGCCGUGGCGGCCCGGCCCCGGCGCCAUCCUCUGCUCCCGACACUUCGCCGAGGGGGACUUCGAGCGCUUCGGGCUGCGGCGGAAGCUGCGGCGGGGGGCCGUGCCCUCCCGCUUCCUGCCCCCGGAGCCGCCGGGCGCCGGCCGGAGGAGGAGGAGGAGGAGCAGGACCCCCGUGCGGACGCUGAAGCAGCCGCUGCGCGGCCCCCCCGGCGGGGACCACAACUACAGCCUGCGGGGCCGCCCCACGGACACCCCGCGCACCGUGGCGAGCCUCCUCAGGAUGCUGGUGAAGAAGCGGCAGCUUCCUGAGGAAAUCGUGAGUUUGCUGCGGGCGCAGUUUUCAGAUUUGCCUUUCGAGCUGCACAGCUGGAGGCAGAUGGCAGAAUACUCACCAGAAAUGAGGCAAUUUGCCUGUAUUCUCCACCUCUACCAUAUUAAGGCCUAUGAUUAUCUGCGGAAGAUUUUUCCCCUCCCUCAUCCCUGCAGCCUGACAAAUUGGCUAUCUAAUAACGAGGCUGCUGCAGGCUUCAGCAAUGACAUUUUUCUCCGGCUUCAGGAAAAGGUGGAGAGAGGGGAUCAGGCCUACUGCUACUGUGCUGUGAUGGUACAAGACAUGUCCCUGCAGAAGCAGCAAGAGUGGGACCCACAGACCAGGCGCCUGACAGGCUUUGUUGACCUGGGAGCAGGCAUCCUUGAUGCUGAUGAGGCUCCGCUGGCCUCAGAAGCGAUAAUCCUCAUGGCAGUCGGCAUCUCCAGUCCCUGGACAGCUCCACUGGGCUACUUCUUUGUGAACAGCAUGACCGGCCGCUUGCUCGCUCAGCUCUUUCAUCAGACCAUCAGUAAGCUGAAUAACAUUGGGAUCACGGUCCUGGCUGUGACAUCAGGUGCCUCUGCUUGCGGUGCUGAGACCGCCAGAGCUUUGGGGAUCAGGAUGGAUCCCGAAAGGAUUCGGUGCACUUUCCAUCAUCCGCCUGGUUCUGCUCACAGCAUCACAUACUUCUUUGAUGUUUGUCACGCGCUUCAGCUGAUAAGGAAUGCUCUGCAGUGCUUCCAGAAAGUAGAGUGGCUCAGUGACACCAUGUGGUGGCAGCAUGUGGUGGAGCUGGCAGCUCUGCAGGAGCAGAGGGUGUUGGAGCCAUGCAGUCCAGGCUCAGGCAGAUCCGGGAGCAAAGAGAGUUACCACCUGAAGGUCAACUUUGCUACACUGUUGUUCAGCGAAGGUGUUGCCGAUGCCCUAGAACACCUCCAGAAGCUGGGCCUGGCCUCAUUUCAGAACUGCAGUGGCACUGUCAAGUUUGUGCGUUUGAUGAGCUCUCUGCGCGAUGUAUUUUGUGGCAGAGGUCCCUAUGGAAAGGGACUGAAGGUGCCUUUGCUGGCUGGAAAUUACACCAAAAUAAGCAACCUCUUCAAUGAGGCCAAGAGCUUCUUUGUCACCUUAACAGACUCUGUGGGGAGAUACAUUAUUAAGAGCAAACGCAAACUAGGAUUUCUGAGUCUCUUGCUCAAUGCUGAAAGCCUGAAGUGGCUUUACUCCAACUACAUGUGUCCAGAAGGCACUCCUUCCCACCACCUCCAGACCUAUGCCUUCAGCCUGGACCCACUGGAGCUGUUUCUCAGGGCCCUCCAGCAGGCCUGUGGCACCAGUGGGAGCCCCACCUGCACUGUGUUCCAGGCUGCUUAUCACAAACUGCUGGCCAGCUGCAGCCUGUCACCAGGCUCACCACACGGCAGUGGCUCAGGCAACGUGAGCUCCUUGGACUUAUCCCUGUCUCAUAGCAGAGAUCUGACCCUGGGCAGCAUUCGUGCUCAGUAUAACCCAGCUCGUGGGAGGGCACUGGCAACAGAGUACCCCUUCUGUGCAGGCCUCCUUUUGCACAGCUCCGCGCUGAGUAACGCGCUGACGGACCUGUCGCUCCGCGCAUGGAGCGUCACCUGUGCCGCCGGCUUCGUGGCUGAGCAGUUGGCCUGGGACUUGCAAUGCGAGGCUUGUCUCGCUUCCCUCUUUGACUCAGAUGAGAGCAGGCUGAGGUGCAGGUCAGUGCUCUACGUAAAAAAGUUAGGCAGAGUGAGUCUGCCCUCGGCAAGCGUGCACCGCGUAGCAAGCAUUUCGGAACGAGUCCUAAAGCGGUACGGCAGCGUAGGGGAUGGCAACAAAAAUACCAAGCUGUGGCAUUCGUCUCUGGAACAGAAAGUCUUCCAGGAGCUUCUGGGAGAAAGGCCCCUCUUCCCCACCCUCACAAACCAUUUAUUUGAUGGGGAGUUGAGCAUCAACAACCACUACACAGUUUUACUAAAGAAAAUAACAAGAUGUUACUUAAACAUGAGAAAAAACCCUGCGCAACACCUGAACUUGAAAUACCCUCGUGGAAGGCACAGAUUGAAAAGACAUUUAUUUCCAUCACCACUGGGUAGCUGUCAGUCAAGCUGUACUCACAUGGGGUCAUGAGUACUCUGCUGUUCCAAGGAUGGCUGUGCCCUGCUGAGGCUCAGUGGUGGCUGGAUCUAGGCAACACGUGUCUUCCCAUGAUUCGGCCACCAAAACUGGUAUUAAGUGGUGAUGCGCUGGGCCACGGCAAAGCACCCGAUCGGAGUCUGACUAAGCAAAUCAAGGAGGUUUAUCUGAUCCUGCAAAGCAGCCACACACUUCAUGAAACUUGUGUGGCAGGUCAGGAUGAGCAACAGUUGCUUGAGGUGCCUGAGACAGUGGUAGGAGACACUGCAGUGUCCCCUGGAGGUGCUGGGUGGUUCCGUGCUGUGAGCACUCUUGCCAGGAGAAAACUGAUGCAUAUUCCAUGUGGCUGGGAGAGAUCACGUGUGUUGGCAGUUUGAUUUCACCAAAACAGAUCUGCUUUAUAAAAGCCACAGGCAAGAAAGCCUGAAGAGCUUUUACCUUAAAAGCAAAAUAAAGACGUGAAAAGAAAGCAGCACUCAAGUUGUACCUGGGUGUGCUGUAGCAGGGUGAGUGCUUCAGGUCCCAUUUCGUGGCCCCAUCAGCUCACCUACGCAAACUCAACUGUGUCCCUGCAGCCCAGGGCACAAGGGAGUCUCCUUUUGAUGUUUCCACUGAUGACUUGAGUCAUAGCUUUGAUGCCACCAAGUAGGACAGGCUUCUUCAGUUAAAUCAUUUCCAUGGCAAUUGAAACUGCCUCCAGUGCUUUACAAGGAAUAACAAAGUUUGGCAUGACUGCUACUAAAUGGCAUCCCUUUACCGUGCAGAACAGCAACUGCAUCCAUAGAGACAGAAGGCAACUAAUUCCCACCAAACUUGUUGUUCAGUUACUUUCAAGCUUCAUGAUGGAGAUGGGAUGAAAAAUGGUGAUCCACCAUGUCCUAGGGCAGGAAUAAUAAUUAAAGGUGCCAUUCUGCCUACCAGUGACUUGACAAAACUGUCCCUGGUUGGUUCGGGUUCUUCCUCCUCUCCUUAGUCCUAAUCACACACCGUGGGAGCAGAACAGCUGCACUCAAUUCCUCAAGCUCUGCUUUGAGAGCUGCAGCACCACAGAACUUCAUGCAAUCACUGCUGGGAGGAACAAUCCAAAACCUUUAGACUGUUCUUUUCCACUCCAAUUACCUAUGCAAAAAGCUGUUUUGAAGCCAUCAGUGUCAUGGAGCCAAUUCCAGCUACAACAUAUUUUGCAGAAAACUAUUUCCCUCAUAUAUAUAUAUAUAUUUAGGACAAGUGGAAAAAUGCUGCCAAAAUCCCAGUGGUAGAUUGGUUGCAAUCAUAUAUUGUUGUAACACUCAGAUUGCCUACACCUCCAGCCCCAAUAUGAGUAGUUAUGGACUGGGAUUGCUGUGCAUGACAAUACACCAGUAACCAAGGGAUAUUUAUCUCUGGUAGGAGUUGGUCUCAUGCUGAAAAUGCAAGUCAGUACUUGCAUCAGAAGUGGACCUAGUAUUAAAAAUUUAUUUUGAUAUUUCAGUGAAAAACCUUGUGUAUUUGUCAGUGCUGAAGAAAAGGAGUGCAAAAAAAAUCGUAUUUACAGAAUAGUAUAAAUGUUUAUUUUUUGUGAUUUAUCUGACUGUUUUAUUUGUACAAUAUAGAAAAGUGUAUUUUUUGAAUAGGUCUUGUAAAUAUAAAUUUAAUUUUUCUACUUUCGGAUGUAAACAGAACUAUAAAAUGAACCCUUGCCCCAUUCCCAAUUAUUUUUAUUUAACUGGAUGAACUGGAUGACUGUAAAUCUUGUCCAGCAGUUUGAUGCAAAUGGCUAAGGAAGUACAAAAACCAAUUCAUACACUCUACACCAGGGAGAGAGGAAACCAAGCUUAAUAUUUGAGAAAGCUUGUUCAAAACAAAAUAGAAGAACUAAGAGCAUUUGAUUGCACCUUCAAAGUCUUUACAAGCAAAAUAUUCUCCAGCAAUGCCAUCAUACAUAAUUACAACUGUAAUCUAAAUUUCACAAGUGCUUUUGCACACUGUAUAUAAAUACACAUCACAAAAGGUGCAAUUUAGAGUAGGACACGGAAUAUAUACAAAAUUAACAUGGACUGAAGUCUAAACAAAAGGCAUAUUGCAAUCUGUUCGAAAAAUAACGUAAGUAGGUAUUACUUUAUUCACUUACACUAAUUUACAUUUAUACAAAUCUUACUGGACAUACUAUAUUAGGUCACUAGAAGUAAACAGAAUAUCCGCACUAUCUACAGGUAAAGUUACUGCACUGAUUUUUUUAGUAAAUCCAAGUCCUAAUCAUGAGAAAAAUGGCAUUUACUUACACAAGAGGAGGAUUCCCUUUUCAGAGAUAUGCACAAAUAUACUUGUUAUUGAUGCUCAGGGAGAUGUUAAUGGCAGACAGAGCCCUUCAGACAGUGACUGGCAGGCCAAGCCCUGUCUGCAACAGCCACUCAGUGGGCCCAGCACUGCUGCUGGAUGCUUCCCAGGCCCUUUCAUGCCUCCAAGGCAUUUUGAGGAGGCACUGGUCAAGGGCCUUCUGCUCAGUGCACAGGGCUGUGAGGUGAAGCAUCCUCCCAUCCUAUUGCCUUCACACACAUAGGCACAUAUCUCUGCUGCUGGUUUGCCUAGGCCCUACUUUUCCCCAGCCUGGCCCCGCUAGAAAACCUGGAGAAAGAGCUCUGCUGCAUUUCUCUGUAUUUACAGUUUUAAUAGAAGGAAUACAAAAUACAUUUUGGAAAAACAUAGCUAGUUCAGGCUGCAGUGAGACAGGUAAUAAAAACGCCUGUGAUUAAACAUGGUUAAUGGAUGUUCACGAUAGGUAAGUAACCUACCAGGUUAAUUUUGCAAAUGUGUUCCACUAUCAAAAAUGUGAUUUGAGAUUGCCUGUAACAAAUACUGAAAAAAAUCCCCUGCCUUAGUCUAUACCCAGCUAUAGCUGAUUGCCCCCCAUUUAGUGUAAAAGGAUCUGUGUGUCUGUUUUUGUAGCAAUCCUGAUUCUGUGCUAGUAUAUUCUCUGAUCACAGCUCUCACAAUUAUUCUCAACAACUCUAAAAAAGCCCUUAUGCCAAGAAAAUUGCCAAGGUACAGAGAAGCAGCAUCCUGAAGACUCACAGCCAGGCUGAACAUGAUCCAUACCUGCAUUUGCAAGUCGAUUCAGAUGCAGAUUGUCAUCUCCCAUGACUUCAGCUUCUCAGGCUUAAACAACUUCCAGGGCUACAGCUUGAUCCUAGAAAACACAACGGACUGCACAGCCCUACUUCCAGUGAGGGAUUAGGCUGCUGCAGGCCUCUGAAAAACCAAUCUUCACCUAAGCAACAGCAUCCACCUGCUGCACACUCAGGUAACACUAUGCUGGGCAGACAGUUUGGCAUCGUGGCAUUGCUGCCACAUGGCAUCACUUCUGAGAACAGGCCACUGUCUUAGCCUUCAAGUUCCAGCUUAAGAAACACCUGAGCUCUCAGCCACAUUCCUAUCAAAAAUUCCCAUUAAUUCCAUUUGCCUCUAAACUCCUUGGGCCCCACUCCAGCCAGAUUCUCCACAACUUGCUCAAUGCUAAAUCUGCAAGCAACCCCUCUGUAUUAUUGCCUAGGUAUUUCACAGUGCUCCGUGCACUAAAGGAACAUGCUGCAUCACGUCCUAAAUACAAGUACUACCUUCCAUUUGAAUGCUCAUUUUUACAUAUUUCCUUUCAGAAGUAUCUUGGAUACACUGGUACCUCCUUAUUACAGGUCUGUCACCAAAAGCAUGACCCAGCUGUUGACAUCAUCUGUGUUUUCCUGUAUGCACAGAGUGAUGCCAAUUCAUACACCGUAAAUAAUAUAUAUUAUAAUAAUUUA